AUGGAUUCUGCAACCUCCCAACACAUCCUGCUGUUUUCAGUUCGUCAAGAAGACUCUGCCUCCAGGUCUGCCUUGGAUUCCUUCUCUUCCGCUUUCCCUGGGGGUUCCACUCAAGAGCUUGGCAUGUCACAUUGGAUUGAGACUUUUGCAGUGUGUUUACCACGCAGCGCCACAUUCCCCUUCUUAUGUGUACUAUCAUGGGCUCCUGCUUUGUCCUUCUCCAUUUGUCUAUCGUCCUUGAGCGGUGACGUCAACCUGUGGUACUGCGGCUUCAACACAGUGGAGGAUUGUGGGUACAAGCGUCUAACGGGGACAGCCUCGUUCUCGUUGGAGCAUGCCGGACACUCGUCACAAACUGGGCCAAGGUUUGACCACAGCACUGGCAUACCAUCAGGCACAUACAUUAGCGUGGAGUCAUCCAGAGAAACAGCGGCGUCAUCAACCAACGUGUUGCGUCAGGCGUACAUUGAGAGUGAGCUCUUCGAGCCGGCCAACGCCUACUGCGUCAUGUUCUGGUACUCUAUGAGAGGAGUCGACGUCGUUAGACUCGACGUCAAUAUCAGGAUUGGAGGAGGUACCGGAUAUCCGGUGUGGACAAAGCAAGGCGACCAGAAGGCUGAUUGGCUGUUGGGGCAGGUUGACCUUGACAGCGAGUACACUGCGAACCCUUUCAAGGUUGACUUUGUAGCGUACACCAACGCCUACCGUGAGUACAACUACUACGCCACAGACCACUACAACUACUACAAAACAGCCGCUGAUAUCGGUAUCGAUGACGUGUACGUGUACAAUACAACCUGCGCAAAUAUCCCCAAAUGCCCCGCCAGCUCCGUGAAACACACCAUCAACAACGUGACGUCAUGCUACACCUUCCAUGCCACGCCCAUGACCUGGAAAGCCGCCUAUGACUUCUGUCGACGCGAAGGUCCGAACUCUGGACUGGUCAGCAUCGAAACACAGCAGGAACAAGAUUUUCUUGUCAGUGUCAUCACUAAUGACCCAGCCUUGACCGCUGUUGGCCAACACGGAUUCUACACCAGCGGCAGUGACGCCGCCAGCGAACACCAAUUCGUGUGGACGGACACCGGAAGUGCUCGCGGCAUCAACUGGGCUGGGGGCUGGCACGCUGGGCAGCCCAACAACGUGGGCGGCAACCAGAACUGCCUGCUGAUGGAGUACCCGUCGGAUGGUUACAAGUGGGGGGACAUUGAGUGUGACAGCACCCACCCCUUCAUAUGUGAAGUGUACUACUGAUCUUAUCGGACCGCUCGUCUGUUAAGAAUGUGUUUGUGUAUUCGCUGGUAUCGCUGGAAACGAGGCUUCAACUUAAUAUUCUUUACUAGAACGAAUACUUAGAGUAACAUUAACCGAAAACUUAAGGUAUAAGACAAAUAUAAGCACGACACAGAAUAUGAAUAAUGGAAAAUAAAACAUGUGCGUUA